AUGAGAAAUGGUAGUUCUCAUACAUUUCGUCCAUUUAGUCGUUUCAUUGGGAUUUUGAAAUGGAUCCUUCGUGUUAUUUUAUCCAAGCGUUCAUCCAGCCAUCAAACAGCUUCUAGAUUAAGGUAUUUCAUACGUUUAUUAAGGAAAUCCAUACCGUUAUUGGUGGUUAGGAUUGGUUAUUUACUAGUUAAAAUAUGUAAAGAAUACCAAUACGCAAAUAAAAUCGAUAUUCAGAACUUGAUUAAACAGGUAAGGAACCUGGUUGCUAUUGUGAGUCUCGGAUUAUCAUGUAGUACCACAACAAAAUACGGGCUGCGCAAUAAUUUAUUGUCCUGGUAUAUCUCAAUCGGGUUCAGUAUAAGUUUAGCAUCCUUUGAAAUGCCAAUGUGGUUGAUAGUAUAUUUUGCUACUGAAUGGUUUGAAGAAUGUAUGAAGCAUUGGAAGGAUAGGAUCUUGCCGUUGUGGAAGAGGAUUUGUCCUUGUAGUGUCGACACAUUAAAACAAGUACUGUUAAAUACAGUGGUAAUCGUCUCGUACUAUAAACGAGUUAGAUCUACAGAAAUGAAAACGAUAUCAAGAUCUCUAUACGGCGAUCCGUCAUCGUUCAUUGCCGAUUUCCUUGGAGUUUACACAAUAAUGAAUAUACAUUCGAUGUUCAAAACUGUGAAACGUUUAAUAAUGAACAAAAGAACAAAUGCUAAACGAAUUAGGCAGUAUUAUAAGGAGACCAUUGCAGCAUUCCAUGAUCCUGCCGAUCUACCUAAACCUGUUAUGAGCAAAUUCAUGGAGAUAUAUGAAUUAUCGUUAGAGAAGCGUAGCUCUAUUAAGGAAAAACUGUUAGGAUCCUUUGUCAUUGGCAAUAUUCAACCUUGCUUCAAAUGGGCUAUCUGGAGACAAAUGUUCAAACUGUUGACCCAUAAUAAAUCCAGCAUAGGCAAGAAUAUGCACCUUUCAGACUAUAUUAUUCAAAUUAUAGUAAUGACUUUAGGGUUUAACAUGUUGAAUAGUAAUAAGGAUAUGAAAAUUAAUACGAAUGUCUUGAAAAUACUGUAUCAGCAGUUAAUAGUUUCCACCUUCAAUAAUAAUUUUAAACUCUCGAACAGAAGUAAGAAAUUGAUAGCUUUAUUACUAUCUGCCAUAGAAUAUUCGAAAUAUCAAAGUAUCAUUGAUAUUUAA